GUUUCAUAUUGAUAGGCAGCUGUUUAGCCUUUAUCGUAAAGACUUUAAAAUGCAAAUCUACUCCACAAACUUAAAGCUAUCCUCGAAUACAUUUACGAGCUACCUGAAAUAAAUGCUCCUUUAGCGGUGUGAAUAAUGGCACAAGAAAGCUUAUCUAAAUAUGCUGAAAAGCAAAAUGUAACCGAAACACUUGCACAAGUGCGAUGCAAAGCAGGGAAAAAUGACGACAUACACAAGCAGUUGAUAUCAAUCGCAACGGCUAAUAUUUUCCUCUGCUCUAUGGCAUUUCUCGGGAAUGCUAUCAUCCUGGUCGCCUUACGGAAGGAAUCUUCCCUUCAUCCGCCGUCCAAAUUGCUGUAUCGUUGUCUUGCAACAACUGAUCUUUGCGUUGGUUUGAUUUCGGAGCCUUCUUCUGUUGCCUAUUGGCUGUCUUUUGUUAGCGAAGAUUGGAGUCUCUGCAAGCUUGGGCUUGGCGCAUAUUUUAUAGCAGGCCAUACCCUUUGCUCAGUCUCUCUGUUAACAAUGACCGCAAUAAGUGUGGACAGACUCCUCGCCUUGGUGCUUGGGCUCAGAUACAAACAGAUUGUAACUUUGAAGCGAACUUGUGGCGUUAUAGCCAUCUUCUGGAUAUUAUCGAUGGCCGCUGGAGUAGCGUACUUUGUGGAUUACCGUAUAUCCGUGUCCUAUGGCUAUACUCUUAUACCACUGUGUCUAAUAACAGCAACUUUCUCAUACACAAAAAUAUUUCACCGUCUCCAUCGAAGCCGCAAUGAAGUACAAAUUCUUGUUCCACAACAGCCAGGCCAACCACUUCCACUGAACAUGGCACUUUACAGAAAAGCCGUGUAUAGUGCACUUUGGGUUCAGGUUUCAUUCGUCUGUUGCUCUCUGCCAUAUAGCAUAGUAGCAGUAGUAGUGCCUUACGACAGACUAUCUUCGAAUGACUUUAUACUCUUGUCAUGUGCAGAGAGCUUAGUUUAUCUUAAUUCGUCCCUUAACCCGUUACUUUACUGUUGGAAGAUUAAUGAGGUGAGGCAAGCAGUAAAGGAGACACUCAGACAAACACUUCGCUGUCUUUGGGUUUAGUCUCUAGACAGGAUACGAAAGUUGUCUCUGUAAAAACCAAAUAUGAAAUAUUAGGCCAUUAGCUGGUUAAAAAUAUUAUUUGUUGUCGAUUUCGAUCAGUACUGAGCCUAAUUGAAUCCAAAUGACCUCCAAGAAGGAUUAUAAAGAACAGGGAAUCACCAUAACGGAAGAGAAGAUUGUUCUAUGUUCUCUGUUAUAUGAAAGAACCGAGUUUGAAAUACUUAGAACAACAUUUUGUCCUUUAAAUAACGAGGAUGUUAAUUAAAUCAUGGAAGCCAACCCUUAUAUUUGCACCAAAUUUCGUUCCUCCGCGCCAAAAUUUUAAUUAAGGUUAUUGUAUUUUUAAUUCCGCUCGCCAUUCGCCUGCGCAUCCAAACUGUAAAGUACAUAAAUGUAGGUCCUUUUCCCCUUUUCCUUUGCAUCGCAGUGUGUAAUUUUUUUUUCCUUUUACAUAAAACUAAUAAUCGUAUGUUAGCUUUAGUGCAAUUUAGUUUUAUUUGUAUUCUAGAAACCGAGUAAAUUACAGGUUGA